UGUUUCUUGCUUUGUUUUAAGGAAUAUUGUAGAUAAAACUAGUUUAUACUGGUUUGAACCAGUUAAAACCAAGAUAAUCCAGCUGUGAAUUGUCUGAUUAUAUCUCAAGCUAUCUGACAACAGUUUGUCUUGUUUAUCAUCCCAUGCAAAUUGGAGCAGACGAAACCAGUCUAAUCCAGUAUGAGCGAGUCAGAACCGGUUAGUCCACUUCCAGAUGGUUGGAUAAAGAAGGAAAGCAGAUCAUCAGGGAGACAUUACUAUGUGAACAAAUACACGAAUGCGAGUCAGUGGGACAGACCAACCUCAGAAGCAGUGAAACCAGCAAGACCAGAGACUGUCCAUGCCUUCCAUCUUCUCGUAAAACAUGUAGAUUCACGUCGGCCUUCAUCGUGGAGAGAAAACACGAUAACAAGAAGUAAAGAAGAAGCUUUGGAUAUUUUGAAAGGUUAUGAAGAAGCAAUCCGAAAUGAAAAUGCUCAAUUUGAAGAUCUGGCUUCAAAGUAUAGUGAUUGUAGUUCUGCUAAGAGAGGGGGAGAUCUGGGCAAAUUCUCAAGAGGUCAAAUGCAAAAACCAUUUGAAGACGCUGCCUACGCUCUGAAACCCGGAGAAAUGAGUGGACCGGUAUUCACAGACUCUGGGAUUCAUAUAAUACUUAGAGUUGAAUGAAAUGACUUACUUAUUGAUGUCAUCAGGGUCAAAGGUCAAGUUCAUUCAACUGUGACCAUAUCAUUGUGUGCCAUAGCAAUUCAAAACUGACGCACUGAUUGGUUGUAACUUUGAGUUGCCAUAACGAUUCAAAACUGAUGCUCUGAUUGGUUGUAACUUUAUGUUGCUAUUAGCGACUGAUAAACAGUUAUUGCUCCCCUUGGAACAGCAUAUGAACAUAGUAGAAAUAGUUGUUGUGAUCAAAUUACUUCUGUAUGGAGCUAGAUUAUUUAUACUAUUGUAAUAAUACAGUGGUUCCCAUCCCUUUCUACACCAGUUUACUUGGUAAUUGUGGGUGUCUUGAACAAUCAGAAUAUUGGUUAUAUUGAAAUCAUUUUUAAAAUUCGAGCUAGGUCUUAUUUUCGGGACACACAAUAGCUAUUCAUUGAAUACUGACAGUUUUACUGUUAAUUAAUAUUAUCCAUCAACAUCAAAGACGUUGAUUCAUCUCUGAGAUUUUGAAUUCUCCUGGGAGUUUGAAACAAAUGACUCUUUUGUCUGAUAAAAAAUUCUAGCUUUUAACAAACAUGGGGAAUAGAUAAACAAUUAUCAGUUUGAUUCAAGAAAGAGAAUUUCAGUUUAAGGGUUUGGAGACAAAAGGUCGAAUGUAAAAAUCUCGGAUACUCCAGAAGUAUGUGCACCAAGAUGGCGGACACCGAAACGUAGUAUGUGUACCAGGACAGGGUUAGGCCAUAAUUUCAGGUAUAAAUACUACGGGGAGUCACUUGGCUAGUCCCCGAACUCCCAAUAGAACUAAAAUUGAAAUAAAAUCAUUGCCUAACGCUAACCUGGUACACAUACUACGUUCCGGUGUCCGCCAUCUUGGCUCACAUACUUCUGGAGUACCUAAUCACGAAAUCCAAUCUCUGAAAAAUAAGUAUGCCGGAUGAACAAGCCUAAAUAUUAAAAAUAUCUGAUAUUAUAUC